UCAUCCGCCUUCAUCGCGACUGAUCGUCGUCUCGCAAAAGACCAACAUCGUCAAACUUUUGUGCGUGCUUCUUUGCCGCUGUCCAAUUUGCAGUGUGUUUUGUAAAAUAUCUUCUAAUCGGAAAACAAUCCUCUGGUACCCGUUCUAGCGACGAUGGCCUUGGUUUGUGACCUGAAAAUGCUGCUGGCCUGCCGCGGAGCUUUCGGUCAGAUCAGGAACAUUCACCUGGCAGCAACUCAACAGGCUGCUGCAGCCAAGGUCAAGAAGUUCCAAAUCUACCGCUGGAAUCCGGACAAACCUGAGCAGAAGCCUUACAACCAGACCUAUGAAGUGGACAUGAGCACCUGCGGUCCUAUGGUGCUGGACGCCUUGAUCAAGAUCAAGAACGAAAUCGACCCGACGCUGACUUUCCGUCGGUCCUGUCGUGAAGGCAUUUGCGGGUCCUGUGCCAUGAACAUCGGUGGCACCAAUACGCUGGCCUGCAUCAGCAAGAUCGAUGUGGAGAGCAUGGACAAGCCGACCAAGAUCUACCCGUUGCCGCACAUGUAUGUGGUGAAGGAUCUGGUGCCGGAUAUGAACAACUUCUACAACCAGUACCGGUCGAUCGAGCCCUGGUUGCAGCGCAAAAACGAAUCUACGGAGAAGAAGGGCGAUGCCCAAUACCUCCAGUCGGUGGACGAUCGCGCCAAGCUCGACGGUCUAUACGAGUGCAUCCUGUGCGCUUGCUGCUCAACCUCAUGCCCAUCGUACUGGUGGAACGGCGACAAGUACCUCGGUCCGGCCGUGCUGAUGCAGGCCUACCGGUGGAUCAUCGAUUCCCGCGAUGAGUCCACCACGGCCCGACUGGACCGGCUGAAGGAUCCCUUCAGCGUGUACCGAUGCCACACGAUCAUGAACUGUACCCGCACCUGUCCGAAGGGCCUGAAUCCGGGCAAGGCCAUCGCCGAAAUCAAGAAGCUGCUUUCUGGCAUAGCCAAGAAGGACAACCCCGGACUGGAGACGGCCGCCCUGCACCACAAGUAAGAGUAUUUAAUGCUUCAGACCUAUUUUUUUAUUUCUAUUUGAAAUAUUUUGAAACCUAUCACAAAACACCUAGCAAGUGAAAAAAAUUAACUAAAGGUGCAGGAAAUGAAAAGCAACACCGAAAUUUGCAAGUUAUAGUUGUGGUACUUCUUUAAAUAGUAGUUUGCAUCAUCUUUGGAUCUAGUGGAUGCACAAAACAACAGCUUAAAUUAUUUAUGUUUCAGUCGAAUUACGAGAAAAAAUAAUAAAACCACUCCUGGAGCUUGGUUGCAAAA